CGAAAUCCUCUGUUACAAAGCGGAAACAAAACUUAGCCCAACGUUUCGUUCAAUUACUUUGUCCUCCCUUUUUUAAGAUUAGGGUUUCGAUAUUUCGUUUAGAAUUUUAUAAGAUAUUUCUUAGGUUUCUAGCUCCAGUCUUUGGCAAUGGGAGUACCAGCUUUUUACAGAUGGUUGGCGGAGAAGUAUCCUUUAGUGGUGGUGGAUGUCAUCGAGGAAGAGCCAGUUGAAAUUGACGGUGUUAAGAUUCCUGUUGAUACAAGUAAACCUAAUCCGAAUCAACUUGAAUUCGAUAAUUUGUAUCUUGACAUGAACGGGAUUAUUCACCCCUGCUUUCACCCUGAAGAUAGGCCUGCGCCCACAACCUUUGAUGAAGUAUUUCAAUGUGUUUUCGAUUACAUUGAUAGACUUUUUGUGAUGGUGCGACCUCGAAAGUUGCUGUACAUGGCUAUUGAUGGUGUUGCUCCACGGGCUAAAAUGAAUCAACAGAGAUCUCGGCGUUUUAGAGCAGCUAAGGAUGCUGCAGAUGGGGCAGCUGAAGAAGAACGGUUACGGCAGGAGUUCGAGAAGGAGGGCAGAAAACUCCCUCCCAAAAUUGAUUCUCAAGUUUGUGACUCUAAUGUCAUCACUCCUGGGACUCCAUUUAUGGCUGUUUUGUCAAUUGCCUUGCAGUACUAUAUUCAUCUUAGAUUAAAUACUGAUCCUGGAUGGGAAAAAAUCAAGGUUAUUCUUUCUGAUGCUAAUGUCCCUGGUGAAGGGGAACACAAAAUUAUGUCUUAUAUUCGUCUUCAAAGAAAUCUUUCUGGUUUCGAUCCAAAUACGCGCCAUUGCCUAUAUGGUUUGGACGCUGAUUUAAUUAUGUUGGCCUUGGCUACACAUGAAGUUCAUUUUUCAAUCCUUAGAGAGGUUGUAUUUACUCCUGGACAGCAAGACAAAUGCUUCCUUUGUGGUCAGAUGGGCCAUUUAGCCUCAGAUUGUGAGGGAAAGGUGAAAAGGAAGUCAGGUGAAUUUGAUGAGAAAGGAGAUGAGGUGGCUGUGGUAAAAAAGCCAUACCAGUUUCUUAACAUUUGGACUCUUAGAGAAUACCUGGAAUAUGAGAUGAGAAUCCCUAACCCGCCAUGCGAGAUUGAUAUUGAAUGUAUUGUGGAUGAUUUUAUCUUUAUGUGUUUCUUUGUUGGCAAUGACUUUUUGCCACAUAUGCCUACGCUGGAGAUUCGUGAGGGUGCAAUCAACUUGUUGCUUGCAGUAUACAAGAAGGAGUUUAGGGCUAUGGGUGGUUACUUGACUGAUGGAAGCAAGCCAAACUUGAGCAGGGUGGAGCAUUUUAUUCAAGCUGUUGGAUCCUAUGAGGAUAGAAUAUUUCAAAAAAGAGCACGGUUGCACCAGAGGCAGGCUGAACGAAUUAAGCGUGAAAAGGCUCAGGCGAAGAGAGGAGAUGAUGCUGAGCCUCAAGCCCAACCUGAUUCUUUGGUUCGUGUUUCACGGUUUCGUGGUUCUCGUCUUGCUUCUGGUCCUUCCCCCUCACCAUAUCAGCAAAUGGACAUGGGAAAUGAUAAUGCUGGAAAAUUUUCGUGGGGAUCAGAUGGUAAAGGAGCUCCUGCUCGGCCCCCUAAGGUUCCACGGUUGUCUUCAGGGGCCAGUAUUGGUGCAGCCAUUGUUGAAGCAGAGGACAGUCUUGAAACAGAUAUGGAGGAAAAUAAAGAAGAAUUGAAAGCAAAGUUGAAGGAGUUACUUCGUGGGAAAUCUGAUGCUUUUAACUCAGAAAAUCCAGAAGAAGAUAAGAUUAAAUUGGGAGAGGCAGGAUGGAAAGAAAGGUAUUAUGAAGAGAAGUUUAAUGCAAAAACUCUGGAGGAACGUGAAGAUAUACGGAAAGAUGUUGUUUUGCGGUAUACAGAAGGGUUAUGCUGGGUCAUGCAUUAUUACUAUGAAGGUGUCUGCUCUUGGCAGUGGUUUUAUCCUUAUCAUUAUGCACCCUUUGCUUCUGAUCUCAAGGAUCUUGCUGAGCUGGAUAUCAGGUUUGAAUUGGGUCAGCCUUUCAAACCAUUUAAUCAACUUUUGGGGGUCUUCCCUGCUGCAAGUGCUCAUGCACUCCCUGAGCAAUACAGAAAAUUGAUGACCGAUCCAAAUUCACCUAUAAUUGAUUUUUACCCAACUGAUUUUGAAGUGGACAUGAAUGGGAAACGGUAUGCUUGGCAGGGUAUUGCCAAGUUGCCUUUCAUUGAUGAAGCUCGCCUUCUUACUGAGGUUAAGAAAGUCGAACACACUUUAACGGAGGAGGAAGUGCGGAGAAAUAGUAUGAUGUCUGACAUGCUUUUUGUGUUAUUAUCCCAUCCUCUUUCUGCAAGCAUCUAUACACUUGAUGAACAUUGUAAACAAUUAACGAGCAAACAGCGAGCUGAAGUCAAGGAACGUAUCAAACCUGAGUUAAGGGAUAUGUGCAGCGGUGGGAUGAAUGGUUAUAUAUCACCAUGUGCUGGUGAUCCUCAUCCCCCUAUAUUUAGGUCUCCAGUUGAUGGGAUGGAAGAUAUCAUGGGCAACCAAGUUGUUUGUGCCAUAUACAAACUCCCAGAUGCACAUAAACACAUCACUAGACCUCCUGUUGGGGUCAUAUUUCCCAAAAAGAUGGUGCAACUGGAUGAUCUAAAACCUGAGCCUACAUUGUGGCAUGAAGAUACCGGGAGAAGACCUUACGAAAAUGGAAGGCAAAAUCCCCGUGGAACCAUUUCUGGCCGUGAGCUUGGCGAGGCAUCGCAUCGACUUCUUGUUAAUAGCUUACAAUUGAAGGUGAAUCAUAAUGGGUAUGCUAAUCAUAUGCAGGAUCCACCGGUACCUUAUGCUGCCACUCCCUAUAUCCCUGCGGUUCCUUCCUAUCAUGAUUACAGGGCUCAUGAUCAGGGACAUCAUAGAAUAUCACAACCUAGAACAGAUUAUUCUCCUGCUGGCCACCCUCGAUCUUCAGUUCCUGCCCGUUCCUAUGACGGUGGGUAUGGUCAACCGCAUUUGUCAUCAACUCCUCACACAAGGUCUCAGCCUCAAUAUGAUAGAAAUAAUCGGUCAGCUAACAGUGGAGGGCAGCCGAUGGAUUUAUACAACCCUUCAGCAAUUUACCUGAAUGGUGGACCGAGGUACCCUCCCAGGCCUGUGGUCCAGGCGUCUGGGGCAACUUCAUAUUCGCAUCAAGGUGGUUACAGUAACUUUCAGAGCUACAAACCACCCGGUGCUGGUAGUGCACAUCAACGGGGUGGGAUGCCGGCCAACCAAAGCAUUCCCAGAGGGUAUGGCAACCAUCAGCAGAGAGGAGAUCAGAACCAACAACACUACAAUCAACAAAGGGGAAAUCAGGGCAAUUAUCAAAGCAGAGGAAACCAGGGCCACUAUCAGAACAGAGGAAACCAGGGUCACCACCAGUUUAACAAUCAACAGAGAGUAAACUACAGCCAUCAUCAACGAAGUGGCAAUCAAUAUUCUUCAUUGGAUAGAAGACCAAAUAAAGGGCUGCCGCCACCGCCGCCACCUGGGAGCAGCUACCAAUGACAUAGUUUCCUGCUGCUCACCAUGAGGAGCCAAUGACUUCUCAAAUGUUGUCCAAUAGUCCUGAUUUUGUGGCUGGAGUUUUAUCUCUACCAUUGUUUCUUUUCCCAUUUCCUUGUCAGCCUUGUUUUUUACUAUUUCCUUUAAUAUUUUCAUCUUAAAAUUUUUAGGUGCCAUCUGAUAAGAAUAAUCUGUUGUUGGAAUCAUAAUUAAAAUGUAAUUCAUUCAAUGGAAUAUGUAGCCGCAGGACUGAUGAAUUGGUUAACUUUUACCGUCACUUUACACAUGGGAUGUGAAUGCUUUGUAAGGACAAUGAUAUGAAAUUUUCUUCCAA